AUGCUUGGCAUUGAAGGCGCUUCGGCGGAUGAUGCGACUCAAAAACAAAUCAAAACCGAGCUGACGGAUGAGGAAAUUGAGUUGGAUUUGAAGAAUAAUGUGCCUGAAAUUAUUCCGGUGAGCUUUUUUUUGCAUUUGGGAAGAUUUGGGGCGCUUUAGAAGGCUUCGGAAGGCUUCAGAAGUCUAUAGAUAGCUCUAGGAGGCUUCAGAAAUCUGCAGAAAAAUUCAGAAAGCUAGAAAACUGUUAGAAAAUUUCGGAAGGCUCCAGAGAGCUUCAGAAGUCUUUGAAAAGCUUCAGAAAAAUUCAGAAAGCUUUAGAAAAAUUCAGAAGACUUCAUAGGACUUCAGAAAUCUCUCUAAAACUAUAAAUCUCUAUUUUCUAGACGUUAACAUAGCUGAAGUCUAGUUAAAGCCUGAAUAUAUGUUUUGAAGUAAAAGUUUAGGUUUAUCUUUAAAAAUUGCUUUUUCUGGACAGUUUUUUAAAAAAACCUUUAAAAUAGUUUUCCAAUAUUCCAAAUUUAGAGUUUUUAAUGAAUAAAAUGGUCCCAAAAAUCUCACUUAGCCUAAGUCUAAGCUUAUUCUAGGGAUCCUUUAAACCAAAAACAAUUUUUGAACCCUACAAAUUCCAUACCUUUUGAAAAACUAGCUACAAAUUUUGCAAAAUAAUUUGAACAAACCGGUUGCGGGGUCAAAAUUGCCAUGUUUUGUUUACCCAGCCUAUUUUUAGUCGGCGAAUUCGACGCAUACAAAUAUGUAGUAUACAAAUAAUUCCAUCUUUUUCUCACACACAGUUCAUGGCGGCGGCGCGGAAAAAACUGCGCGCGCGUGACUUUACGUGAAAAACAAAUAAAAAUGUGAACAAAUACAAGUUCACGCAACUCAUUUUUUCUUGUAGAUUCGAUGCGGAACUCUUACGGCCAAAUUGCACACCAAUCUUUUUGUUUGCCCUGGAAUUCAUCAACAUUGUAUUGAGUUGGAUUGUGAGUUGCGGGAAGUGGGAAUGGGGUUUUGGGAAAAUAUUGGAAACUGAUUUUUUCAGGCCGAAAAAUCUGAAAUUUCAGCAUGAAAAUCUAGGCUUAUUUAGGCUAAAAAUAUCUGAAAAUUUCAGUACAAAAAAUCGAUAAGUUUUAGGCUCCAAAAUCCAACUUUUCAGUCUGAAAAUCCAGGCUUUUUCAAGCCAAAAAUCGAUAAUUUCACUCUAAAAAUCUAGGUUUAAUUAGAAACUUCAUCAUUCAAAAUGUUUGCCUGAAAAUUUAGGCUUAUUUAGGCUAAAAAAACCGAAAUUUCAAUCUGAAAAUCUAGACUUAUUUAGAGCAGAAAUUCAAUAAUUUCAGCCUGAAAAUCCAGGCUUAUUUAGGCCAAGAAAUCAAUAAUUUCAGCCUGAAAAUCCAGGCUUAUUCAAAGCAGAAAAUUCCACAUUUCUAGUCUGAAAAUCCAGGCUUAUUUGGGCUAAAAAUAUCUGAAAAUUUCACUAAAAAAUCAAUAAUUUCUAGGCUCGAAAAGCUCACAUUUUUAGCCUGAAAAUACAGGCUUAUUUAGGCCAAAAACCGAUAAAUUCAUUUUGAAAAUCUAGGCUUAUUUGGAGCAGAAAUUCAAUAUUUUCAACCUGAAAAUCCAGGCUUAUUUAGGCUAAAAAUACCUGAAAAUUUCAGACAAAAAUCAAUAAUUUUCAAGUUUUCAAAAUCCGAAAUUGAAAGCCUCAAAUGGCCGAAAUUAUUGAUUUUUGUCUGCAAAAAAAAUUAGGGGGAACUUUUCAUUGCUCAUAUUUAAAAAAAUUAUAUGAAAAUUCCACAUAUUAGAAUCAAAUUAGCGUUGCUCAUAUUAACAAAAUUUAAUUCAGAGUAAUUUAUUGAUUUUUCUAGAACUUCUAAACAUCCCAACCAAUUUUCAAAAAAAAAAAUAAAUAUUUUUCCAGGCGAACCUGAUCUCAUCACCCCAAAAGCCUUCACAAUUCGAGCCAACAAAGAUCGACAAAAAGAUUGGAAAGGAAGUAUUCGAAUCGGAAAAUCGAAUCUAAGAACAUUAAUGGAGAUGAGAACUUUCGAUUUUCACAAUCAUCAAACUUUUUGCUCUGCAAAAUGCCAAUCUAGAAAUUAUAUCACACCAAAAGAUCGUGAACCUUCGCUGUUGGAGUUGGAAAGGGAUGAAAUGCUAUUGUAGGUUUUUCUGAGGAAAACUUCAGAAUUCCCAAUAAAAAUUUUUCCAGACGCCGUGCAAGCUUACCAACAAUAAUCCCAAGAACCGAAGUCAAACCAACACUUGGAGCGCUAUUCAAAAAUCCACAAUUCUCGCAAUUCAUCCAACUCAGCCAAGCACUUCGAAACAAUAACAAUGUCGGAACAUCAGCCGGAACAUCAGCUGGAACAUCUACUGAAUCUCCUUCUCAAGCUCAACCACAAUCUGAAAAAACAUCACAACUUCUAUCGAGUAUUCAACAAUUCACAAAAGAUGAGCAAUUUCGAAUCGGAGUUGAAACAAAUGCGCUGAUGACAAAAAUGACAACAGAGCCGAUUGUUUUUUGGGGCGAAAUGCAGAAUCUUGGAAUCUCUGAACAAAUUAUUGAUCAAAUGGUUGAGACGUUGAAUUUGAUGAGGAUUAAAUUGAAACAUGGACAUAUUGGAAAUAUUGCGCCGCUUUUGUCAAGAUCGAUCGCUUCGCUUGGAGUUUGUGAUCGGGUUGUUGCGACGAUUCGGAGGAGGAAUUCGAUUUCUGGGACUAAUGUUUUUCAUCGACUUUCGACUGAUUAUUCGACUUCGGAGGAUAUUAAACCACAAUCUAUUACUGAACAAUUAGAGGCGUUGACUAAGAAAGCUGUUACGGUGAGUUUUUCGGGCUUCUGAAGUCUUCUGGAGGAUUCUGGAGGCUUCUGGAGGAAUUCUAGCGGCUUCUGAGGGCUCCUGGAGGAUUCUGAAGGCGUCUGAAAGUUUCUGAAGAUUUUUGAAAGGCUUCCAAAAGCUUCUGGGCCCUCCUGGACUUCUCGAGGCUUCUGAAGGCUCCUGGAAGAUUUUGAAGGCUUCUGAAGCCUCCUAGUGGAUUCUGAAGGCUCCUGGAGCCUCUUGGAGGAUCAUGGAGGCUUCUGAAGGCUCCUGGAGGGUUUUUAGGCUUCCCAGGCUUCCCAGGCUUCCCAGGCUUCUCAGGCUUCUCAAACCAAAUUUUUUCCAGGCCAACCCUCGCAAAAAAUCGAUAGCCAAUCAAUUGGACAUGUUGGCAAAACGAGCCAAACAACAACAAGAGCAACAACAACAAAUUGAUCAAAUUGUCAAAAUUGAGCCUCCUGAAAUCAGUCCAGAAGAGCCAGUUUCCCGAAAAAGAGCUUUGGAUGAGCAACUUCAGGAAUUGGAGAGCAAAAAAGCGAAGGUAAGAGAGCUAGAGAGUUAGCCUAAAUCUAAUUUUUGAAUUUUCCAGAUUGAUGAAAUCAUGAUGAACCAAAUGCAAUCUCCCUCUGAAAUUUUGAUGCAAAUUGCAGCAAGUAUAAAUCCACCAACACCAAGUGUACAACCAAAAGCUAUCAAAUAG